AUGUGCUGCCGCGAUGCGACGCCUCGCAAAUGCAGGACCUGGCUGCGCGACGACAAGGGCCGAGAGGACGGGGUCCCUCCUGCAAGGCCGCCAGCAGAGGCGACGACGACGACGACGACGACGACGAGCGACGUAGUCGGACGCUCAGAAGAGGCCGGAGCCGAGACCGAGGAUACGACGGCGACGACGACGGCGGCCGACUCUACACUCGCAUCGACGGCGGCCAUGACUGCGCCGCUCUUCGGUCCUUCGGGUGGCGGUGGCAGUGGCGGCGGUGUAGGCGCCUCUCUACCGGAUGCACCGCCUCAAGCUGCAGCGCCGACAACAGCAGCGGCGGGCGCACCCGUUGCGCCACCGGGCGCGAUGGGCGCGACGCUCGCAUCGACGACAGCGACAGGAACUGCGCCGAAAGUCGGCGAGCAAACGACGACACAACCACCGACCACUCCGACGGCAGCACGUCCCAACAUAUCGACGGCGACGACGACAGCGACGACGACGACGACGGCACGUGCAGCGACGCAAGCCGCGACGCCCCCGCUGCACAACCAUUUCCAGUCGAACCUGACCGUCGUGCCGCCGCUCAACUUUGACAUGAUCUCGCCGGGCGUCUACCGAAGCGGGCAUCCAAACGAGCGCAACUUUGGUUUCCUCAAGCGCUUGAACCUCAAGAGCGUCAUGUACCUUGCCAACGAAGAGUAUCGCACCAACAUGACGACGUGGGCCCAGAGUCAGGGUAUCAGAAUCUUUCACUUCCGCCUCGACCUCAACAAGGAGCCGCUGGCCGAGAUGGAUUCGACCAUGGUGACCUCGGCGCUACUGACGAUUCUGGAUCCGCGCAACUUGCCGAUGCUGAUCCACUGCAACAAGGGCAAGUACCGCGUCGGGUGCAUGGCGGGCCUGCUGCGACGCCUGCAGGGCUGGUCGCACACGUCCAUCUUUGAAGAGUAUGCGCGCUUCGCCGGCUCACGCAUCGCCGAUACCGAGUUUAUCGAGGUGUUUGACCUCUCGCCCGUCUACGCCGCCAGGAUCAACGCAAAGAGGUCGUCUUCGGCGGCGGCGGCGGCAUCGUCGUCGUAG